AUGUUACCACGUUCAGCACUAGCACGCUCAUUGCAACUACAGCGCGGAGUGGCCGCAAGGUUCUACUCUGAAGGUUCUACCGGGACGCCAAGAGGUUCCGGUUCAGAGGAUUCGUUUGUUAAAAGGGAAAGGGCUACGGAAGACUACUUCGUCAGGCAGCGUGAGAAGGAGCAAUUACGCCAUUUGAAGGAACAGCUGGAAAAACAACGAAAGAAGAUUGAUUCCUUGGAAAAUAAAAUUGACUCGAUGACCAAAUGA